AUGGAAGGCUCUGACAAGCCCAGGCAGUGCCCUGCCCGAGGAUCAUGCCCAGUGUUCUUGGCCAUGAGCUCAGGCACUGUCCGCUAUGCCCCGUCGGGUUUGGGCCCUGUACCUGAGAGGAACUUUAGAGAGGAGCCCUGGGAUGCAAACAGCCCACCCCAACCAGACGAGGGCCUCCCUACGGGCCUCUCAGCUGUCUCAGUCCCCUGGAAAAACCUUGGCCUCAGCAAAGGUCACAGGGAGUCCCCAGGAAGCCUGGUGGAAGACUCUGCAUCCCGGAAGGAGGCCCAGGGUGAAGAACACUCAGCAGCUGUUCCGCUGGAUGUGUCACGCCUGCGCAGCUCCUCCAUGGAGAUCCGAGAGAAGGGCUCAGAGUUCCUGAAGGAGGAGCUGUACAAAGCCCAGAAGGAGCUGAAGCUGAAGGACGAGGAGUGUGAACGGCUUUGCAAGGUGCGCGCACAGCUGGAGCAGGAGCUGGAGGAACUGACAGCCAGCCUGUUCGAGGAAGCUCACAAAAUGGUUCGGGAAGCCAACAUGAAGCAGGCUGCAUCAGAAAAGCAGUUGAAGGAGGCUUGGGGCAAGAUUGAUAUGUUGCAGGCAGAGGUGACAGCCUUGAAGACACUGGUCAUCACAUCCACGCCUGCCUCUCCCAACCGUGAGCUCCACCCACAGCUGCUGAGCCCCACCAAGGCUGGACCCCGAAAGGGCCAUUCACGCCAUAAGAGUACCAGCAGUUCCCUCUGCCCAGUUGUGUGCCCCACUGCAGGGCAUAUUCCUACCCCAGACAAAGAAGGCAAGGAGCCUGGGCUGCCCCCUCUACUCUCUCUGCUGCUGUGCGUGAUCCCCAGCAAGGCCAUCCACCUCACCUACGAGCCAACCUGGCAGCUCCCAUCUGGGGAGCCACCCACGGCCCCCAACUCUGCUUCCUCUCUCUCCUUUUCCCGACAGGUAGAUACGACCCUAUUUUCAGAGUUCCAGGCUUGGAGGGCAUCACCUACCCUGGAUAAGGACUGCCCCUUCCUGGAAAGGGUAUACCGGGAGGAUGUGGGCCCCUGCCUCGACUUCACAGUGCAGGAGCUCUCAGCUAUGGUGCGGGUUGCUGUGGAGGACAACACACUCACCAUCGAGCCAGUGGCUUCACAGACUCUGCCCGCUGCGAAGGUGCCCACUGUUGAAUGGAACACCACCAACACGUGUGCCCUGAGCGGACUGGCCCGUACCUGCCACCACCGAAUCCGCCUCGGAGACUCUGAGAGUCAUUAUUACAUCUCACCGUCAUCCCGAGCCAGGAUCACUGCAGUAUGCAACUUCUUCACCUACAUUCGCUACAUCCAGCAAGGCUUGGUUCGGCAGGAUGCUGAGCCGAUGUUCUGGGAGAUCAUGAGGCUUCGGAAGGGGAUGUCACUAGCCAAGCUUGGCUUCUUCCCUCAGGAGGCCUAGGGCACGGCCCCAGGCCUGAAUUAGGCUCUGAGCUAGCGCAAAUGGUUGUCUUGGUGCAGACAGACAAGAAAUCCCGGAGCCCGCUUGAGCCAGAAGCUGAAAGGACAGAUAAACAGCCAGGCUGUUGAGACAGAACUAAGCCAGUCCCACCCAUUCCUCCUGGGACAGACGGAAGGACAGCCUGCCCUGGACUUCAUGAGAUGAACCUCUUGCCCACUGGGCUCUGUUGCCACCAAGAGAAUUUCAAGAAAGCACCAAAGACCAAGGAGCUGGGAGCCAUGUCGGGGAGAGGCUCAGCCCUAGGGAGGGUACCCUUGAGCAGCCAGUACCCCCUCUACAAUUUCCUGCUGCUUACCAAUGUUCUGUUGCUGUCUUCAGAAAGGGAUUGUUCUAGGGUGACUGGAUUUCCAGAGUAUGCUCCGUUACAGCCUCUAAGCCCUGGGUCACCAGCACCCCCUUGUGGUCAUCUCUCACCCUGUUCCCAGGUGACCUCAUUAGACUGCCCCAGUGGUGGGGCAAGUGUCUCCAAUCUAAACACGGUGGAGGGAUAACUGCCCCCAGAGUGCUCUGAAAAUGAGUCCAACCCCCCCUCCAGCCCCUCCAUUCCUCUGCAUAGAGGCCUCUCUUUCUCCUCCCUCCCUACUUCAACCCCAUCUCCAGGAGGUCCUGGUCCUAAAAUUGCCAAAGGCCUGUGCCCUUUCUUCCCAAAGUGUGCCACCAGGGGAGCCUCAGGAUGUAGUUGUGGGCAGGGGCCCCGAAUGUGGGACUGGAUGGAUUGGGCAAGCUACAUAGGAUCCGGACCCUGUUUUACCCAUCAUAGCCCCCUGGGAACUGGGCUUGGGGUAUCCAACCUGGACGUGUCCCUCACCACGCCCCAUUUCCUUCAAGUGGAAUGUAACACAAUCUUUAUUUAAUAAAGGAAGGCUUUGUUGGUAGGGGCUAGGCAGCAGUGGCCUUCACUCCUGUGCCCUGGGGCUCUGGCCAGGGCUUGGGCAUCUGAAGGAAUGAAAUCAAAUCCUUUCCUGACUGCCCUCGUGCUUGGGAUUAAGCCCAAAUCCUGAAGCCACCCCCACUGCUAGCACCACUUACUUGUUGUUGGAGUUGUCCUUAGUAUUCCAGUUCUGAUCUGUGAAUCUCCUAGCCCUCAGAGAUGACCCCCAGUCUAUUAGCAGCCAGCAGUCGAAGCAUCUAGGCUUCCCAGGGCUUGGCAGGACAGUGCAAGAAUGAUUGGUGCUACCUGCCAUAGGGCAGAUGGGGACUUCAGAAGUGCUGGAUUGGCACUCUUAGAUGGGUCGUUAGCAAGGCAUGACAGACACAAGUGGAAAGAGGUCAGGGUAACCAGAAUCCCCAGGGACCUCCAAGUAGGCCUGAGGAGAUGUCCUGUGGUUCCUGCCUCUGCCCCACCUGUAGGGCCCUUUGUGCUUUCUUGUAAAGAGGAUGCAACAGAUUCUGGGUGAGGUCAGAGGUUGUAGUAGCCUACGGGAACUUCUCUAGGUUCCCAGGUGCAGCUGAGACGGUAGAUCAGCUGGGGGCUGGCCAGAGCUGUCAAGGUCCUCUGCCUUAACGGGUUCUCUGGCCAGAAGCCUGUUUCCAGGACUCUCCUGCCUCCGCUGCACCCGUUGUUCUCCUGUCCCCUCCCUGCUCCAUUGUAACUCAUCCUUUCCUAUCUUCCCAGUCCCUGUAGACACCUGGUCACUAACCAGACCCCUGUCACAUCUACUCAUUCAUUUAACAACACAGGGGUGAUCUCUGUGCUGGACACUGGCAAUAAUAAACAUAGCAGUAAUGCAUCCAGGUCACUGGAUGGAAGAAAGGAGAACGGCAGGGAAGGACCUGGUGUACCAGACGGCAUCCUCCGUGUCAACACUUGUGCACCUGUGGACAAGGAAGGAGGAAAACCUGAGCUCUGGAUUUAAUCAGUCCCUCACCUCUGUGUUUCGGGCUCAGCCAUGUGCAGAAUCCCAUAUCACAGGACCAAAGAGACACCAGGAGGCACUCCAGAGGCCCGUGGAGGCCCCUACUUCACUGACUACUUGCAUUUCUCUUACAAAGCUUUGGCCACAAUCAGGCCACAGGUGGGGCCAUCAACACAGCCACACCUUGGUAACAGCAAUGAAUAGCUUAGCAAUAGUCAUAGCUCCCAGUCCUCUCUGGGCCCAUUGUUUCAGCCUCUUAGCAACCUUAAAACACUCUGUUCUCCCUCACAGAAUGGACAGAGGCAUUGGGGAACACAAAGAGGUCUUAAGGUUGGGGUUUAUUUAGCUCAGUGGUAGAGGCUUGCCUAGCAAGCAUGAGGCCCUGGGUUUAGGCCCCUGUUCUGGGAAAAAAAAAAAAUCAAAGAGGUCCUAACUCUCUGGGGCCCAUAGUAUUAGUGUUUUGUGUUUUAUACUAAACAAUCAAAAUGUGCUUACAUUCUUUGCCUCUGUAAUUCACGCAGAAGGCUAGGGGUGUAGAUCAGCGGUAGAGUGCUCGAGGCCCGGGGUUUGAUCCUCAGCACCACACACACAACAAAAGAAGUGAGAUUGCACCUGGGCUUCACACCAAAACAGAUUGAGACAGGGCUGGCAUUUGAACCAAGGUUUGCUUUCUAUGCUAUACCCUGUUACGGUUGACUGUGCUAUCGAACCUGUGAGGUGGUAGUUUGGGGCUCUUACUCUUGAAGCUGAUGAGGGAGGUUAACUGCCAUCAGCUACAUAGUUGUUCUUAUAUUUUCUAGAUAACCCCCUUGGGCAUCAUAGGAAUCAUUUGAGGCCUUCUUGGCUAACCCUGAGUCUGGCCUCUAGGCAUGAAGGCAUUGAACCUGACUAAGCACACUUACCUGGUGCCACACCCUGUGAUAUCUCACUUUACCAUCUGCCAAAUCUGCCCUGAUUUGAACCCUGCCAGGGUUGUGACCUUGGAGCCAGCUGCUUUUCUCAUUUAUGAGUUGGGAUUAUGAUUUUUCCCCCUCACACUCUUCCCUCAUUCGGUCAUGCAUGCAUGCAUUCAUUUGGUGUUUAUGAGUUGUAUGUUUGUGUGUGUGAGUACUUGCGUACCAUGGUGCACGUCAUAAGACAACCUCUGGUGUCCUGUUGGUCCUUGUCCUCCCGAGUCUUUUAUUGUUCAUUACUGCAUAGUCCAGGCUAGCUUCUGGGACUUUUCCCAUCUCUGCCUCCUACUUUCCCAUUAGGACCACAGCUGGAUCGAGCUUUGCACAAGUUCUGUGGGUCUGGACUCAGGUCAUGAGGCUCGCACAGCAAGUGCUUUGCCCACUGAACCAUCUCUGCCAUACUGUGUUUUUAAAAACAUGCAAUCUUGUCCAUUUUUAAGUGUAGAAUUAUAGUUGUUUGGUAUAUUCAUACUGCCAUGAAACCAAUCUAUAAACCUUUUGCAUCUUGCAAGACAAAUGCUACGCCCAUUAGACAGCUCCCUAUUUCCCCUGCCCCUAGACUAUGGGGACCAGCAUUUCACCUUCUGCCUCUGUGAAUAUGACUCCUCUAGAAACUUGCUGUAAAUGGAAUUAUAGCAUACUCAUCUUCUUUUGAAUGGCUUGUUUCAUUUCAUGUAAUGUCCUCAAUAUCCAUCCAUGCUGUAAGACGACAGGAUUUUCUUUUGAAGGCUCUCCCAUGUUCUGCUGUAUGUGUAACACCCUGCUGUGUCUGUCCAUUCACUGGAGAAGACACAGGCUGCUGGUACAUGUUGAUGUGUAUGCAAAUAUCUCUUGGAGACCGUGCUUAGAGUCCUUUUGAAUAAAUA